AACCACACGCGCCUGUUCUAUAACGCUCAUUAAACAUUGACAAAAGCUUCACAAGAACUAUAAGCUUGAAUAACAAAACCCCAACCCAUAUUUGCAAUCCGAGUGGAUCGAAUCACCCAAUUCAGAUCAUCGAUUCAAUCCAGGUUUUUCAAUUUGGAGGAAGAUUCAUCGUUUUGAUUUGGGGGUUCGAUUAAAUUAGGGUUGUGUUUUUGUGGGUCUUAAGUAUUUUUUGAGAAAGGUGGAAUCUUGGUGAUUUCUUGAUCAAGAAGAGUGCUAUUUUUGAGGUUUGAUUGAAUUGGGGGUGAGAAAGUUGCAAUUUUCUUGAUUCUUUAUCAGGGUUUUGGAAUUCAGGGGUUUUAGUUUGGUGGGUUGGAUUUUAGUUUUCGACUUAUCGUGUUAUGGACUUGAGAUUGUAGGAGUCUUGUUGAUCCACAUUUGGGGUUUGUAGUACAGGGAGAGUUUUUGAUCCAGAGUUGGAGAAUUAUCGGGAUAAGGUUCGAGGUUUGAAAUUUUCAGUGUGAAUUGUGGUUUAUUGUUCUUGAUUUGGUAGAGGUAGAUCUUGAGUUAAGUUCGAAUUGUUAUGGCCAGCCCACUAAAGACUUCAAGUGGGUAUUCUGAUGUGAUUGCACCGUCGAAUCCGGAAUCCCCUAAUCCUCACAUCGAAACAAAGUUGGCUCCUCCUUUUUCCUCUCUUUUGAGACCUGGAUUUUUUCCGCCACCAAUUAUACAGCCAAAUCAGAUUCCUCAACCAACUGUUGGGAUCCCAAGUCUAAAUUCAGUUAUACAGCCAAAUCAGAUAUCUUCACCGGCUGUUAGGACCCUAAGUCCAAAUCCAGUUGUACAGCCAAACCAGGUUAGGACCCCAAGUCCAAGUUCAGUUUCACCAGUAAAUGGGAUUAGAGCUGGUGGCCCUGGUCCCCAUUUAAGCACGCCACCUGGUCCUCCUAGGUUCUCUUCGCCACUCCAACCUGCUGCUGUGCCAUUUCGGACUUCUCCUGCUAGUCCUCAGCCACCUGCCUUUUCUUCUGGUUCAUCUUUGCCUACGUCAUCACCUCCUCAAUAUUCAAAUGGCGCAUUUGAGUUGCAGCAUCAAGCCUCUGAUGCUUCUGAGGAUAUCUCACCUGUUAAUGAAUCGACAAAUGUUUUGUUCUCAGCCAACAAGGUUUUGAAACAAAAGAAAUUGUUAAAUACACCUAGUCUGGGGUUUGGAGCACUGGUGUCUCCUGGAAGGGAAAUCUCCCUUGGUCCUCAAAUAAUUCAACGGGAUCCUCAUCGCUGCCAAAAUUGUGGAGCUUAUGCGAAUUUUUAUUGCAAUAUCCUAAUUGGCUCGGGCCAGUGGCAGUGUGUGAUUUGUCGAAAUUUGAAUGGAAGUGAAGGCGAAUAUAUUGCUUCGAGUAAGGAAGAGCUUCGCACUCUGCCAGAGCUGUCAUCUCCAUUUGUGGAUUACAUUCAGACUGGAAAUAAGAGGCCUGGUUUUGUUCCAGUUUCUGAUUCUAGAAUGUCUGCACCUGUUGUCCUUGUGAUAGAUGAGUGUUUGGAUGAGGCUCAUCUCCAGCACUUGCAGAGCUCUUUGCAUGCAUUUGUCGAUUCUCUCCCUCCGACAACAAGAAUUGGGAUUGUGCUGUAUGGCAGUACAGUGUCAGUAUAUGAUUUCUCAGAAGAGUCGACCGCAUCCGCUGAUGUACUGCCUGGCAGAGUGUCACCAAGUCAGGAAUCUUUAAAAGCUCUGAUUUAUGGGACUGGAUUGUAUUUAUCACCUGUUCAUGCCUCUGGGCAUGUUGCUCAUUCCAUAUUUUCUUCCUUGCGUCCUUAUAAGCUAAAUCUUCCUGAAGCUUCCAGAGACCGUUGCCUGGGCACCGCCGUCGAGGUUGCUCUAGCCGUAAUUCAAGGACCAUCAGCAGAGCUGCCACGAGGUGUUAUGAAGAGGUCUGGAGGCGAUAGUCGAAUAAUUGUUUGUGCUGGAGGACCAAAUACACAUGGCCCUGGAUCAGUGCCACACUCUCCUAGUCAUCCUAACUACCCUUAUAUGGAAAAAGCAGCAUUAAAGUGGAUGGAAAAUCUUGGCCGUGAGGCUCAUCGACGAAACACAGUGGUCGAUAUUUUAUGUGCAGGAACAUGCCCUGUAAGGGUACCCAUUUUGCAGCCUCUUGCAAAAGCUUCUGGAGGUGUUCUGAUACUCCAUGAUGACUUUGGGGAGGCCUUCGGUGUAAAUUUGCAGAGGGCUUCCACUAGAACAGCUGGUUCCCAUGGUUUGUUGGAGGUGCGUUGUUCUGAUAAUAUUUUCAUAACUCAGGUAAUAGGCCCUGGUGAAGAGGCGAAUGCAGAUAAUCAUGAAAGUUUUAAAAAUGACAGCUCUCUAUCUGUACAAAUGCUUAGUGUUGAAGAAAUGCAGUGCUUUACGUUAUCCAUGGAAACAAAAAGUGACAUUAAAGGCGAUUAUGUAUACUUCCAGUUUUCGAUUCAAUACUCAAAUGUAUAUCAUGCUGAUAUAUCAAGAGUGAUUACUGUGAGAUUACCAACUGUGGAUAGUGUUUCUGCAUAUCUUGAGAGCAUCCAGGAUGAAGUUGCAUCUGUUAUCAUUGCCAAGAGGACUCUCUUAAGAGCCAAAAACUCUUCAACGGCAAAUGAUAUGCGAGCAACAAUAGAUGAAAGAAUAAAAGACAUUGCUUUAAAGUUUGGGUCAGUGAUGCCAAAGUCGAAGCUUUAUCGGUUCCCCAAGGAGCUGGCCUUGUUGCCAGAACUUCUAUUUCAUCUCAGAAGAGGGCCACUUUUAGGAAACAUUAUUGGGCAUGAAGAUGAGAGGUCUGUGUUACGGAAUCUAUUUCUGAAUGCAUCCUUGGAUCUGUCAAUUCGCAUGGUGGCACCACGGUGUCUUAUGCAUCGUGAAGGUGGCACUUUUGAGGAAUUGCCGGCUUAUGACCUUGCUAUGCAGUCUGAUUCAGCAGUUGUUCUUGACCAUGGCACCGAUGUCUUCAUUUGGUUGGGUGCUGAAUUAGCUUCUGAAGCGGGUAAAAGUGCUGCAGCUUUGGCAGCUUGUCGAACAUUGGCUGAGGAACUUACUGAAAUGCGGUUUCCAGCUCCUAGGAUCUUGGCAUUUAAAGAGGGGAGCUCUCAAGCUCGAUAUUUUGUUUCAAGGCUAAUACCAGCACACAAGGAUCCCCCAUAUGAGCAAGAAGCAAGAUUUCCACAACUUCGAACUUUAACUGCAGAACAACGAACAAAGCUGAAAAGCAGUUUUAUUCACUUUGAUGAUCCUAGCUUCUGCGAAUGGAUGCGGAGUUUGAAAGUUUCACCACCAGAACCAAGUUAAGAGCAGUCGUCAGAACAUUUUGUAGCAAUAGUCUUUACCGUAUAGUGAGUGAAUCCCUACAGAGAACUGUGCAUUAUGUCAUGCUUGUAUAAUGAUGUUUAAACCUCUGAGCGCCCAUUUAUAUUUCCUUUCAAACCCCUGGCCCCUAGCUCCAGUUUUGGAUAUCAUCCUCAGUUUCUUCUCAACUUUUUGUUUCUCGAUAAACAUGUAUACUAAUUACUGUACUUAAGGUUUAAAGGGGGUUAUCUUUACUAUUUA